GUGCAAUGUCUUCUUGUGGGUUUGAAUAUUUCAAUUAGAAUCUAUAGUGCGUUGUACAUGAUCAUUGCCGAUUGUGACGAAACUUUUAACUACUGGGAGCCAUUGAAUUUGCUCUUUCGUCGCUUUGGAAAGCAAACAUGGGAAUAUUCACCAGAGUUUGCCUUACGUGACUAUGUCUACUUAUUCAUUUACUACAUAGUUGGAAGUUUACCUUACCACUAUUCAUACUACCAAUUCUAUGCUAUUCGUGUUUUGGCGUUGUGUGGAUUCACUUCUUACACUGAAAUUUCAUUGUUCAACAACAUAAAGCAACAUAUAGGUUCAAGGGUGGCAAGCUGGUUUCUCUUAUUCACUUCAAUUGCCCCAGGAAUGUCACACGCGGGAGUCGCUUUGUUACCUUCCUCGUUUGCGAUGCAAUGUAAUACUUUGGCCAUAAGCUAUGGUAUCAGCGCUUUCUCUGGGGAUGGCAUUGCUGACUUUGUAAUAGCCAUUCUCCUUUUUGUUACGGGUGGGUUAAUCGGAUGGCCGUUUGCUCUAGCAUUAGGCUUGACAUUUGGACUCUACACUCUAUUCAAUAUCAAACUUUGGAAAGAUGGGAAAAUGUUGAUUAUUAUUGGAGGAUGUGCUUCUGGCACUGCUCUCAUAUUGGCUGUUGUAGGUGUAGUCAAUUCUUACCUUUAUUGCAAAUACUUACUUGUUCCACUUAAUAUUGUAUUAUACAAUGUAUUUGGUGGGGAAGGAGAGGGCCCCGAAAUCUUUGGAGUUGAACCUUUCAGUUAUUACAUCCUUAACUUAUUGCUAAACUUUAAUGUUGUGUUUCCUUUGGCAUAUGCUGGUUCAUUGAUGAAUCCGUUUCUUUAUUCCAAAUCAAAGCUAUCUUUUGUUGUUGCUUCCAUGCCAUUACUAAUUUGGAGUUUUAUUUUUUUUGGACAACCUCACAAAGAAGAGAGGUUUCUCUACCCUAUCUAUCCCUUAAUUUGCUUAAAUGCGGCGUUAUUGACUUCGAAAUUGUUCAGCAUUCAUUCUCAAAUUUUUGGAAAAGUUGUCCAGAGCCCAAAUUAUAUUCGUAGGGUCUGGUCGGCAUUUGUACAAGGUGGAUUUGCUUUGGCCAUAAUUACAGUUUCAAUCUUGAGGAUCAUUAAUUUAGUCGAGAACUAUUCUGCUCCGUUAGUUGUAUUUUCUUCGGUUGCUGGAUUGCCACAAGGAAAUGAUAUUCAAAAUGUUUGCAUUGGCAGGGAGUGGUACCAUUAUCCAAAUUCCUUUUUCUUACCUGACAACUAUCGUCUAAGAUUUGUCAAGAGUGGCUUCAACGGUUUGCUUCCAGGUGACUUCAAUGAAGAAUUUUCGACACUUAGAGAGCAAACAGCCUUUGUUCCUCAGCACAUGAACAAUAAGAAUCAGUUCGAAGAGGAUAAAGUAGUUACCUUAGAAACUUGUGAUUACUACGUUGACAACACCGAACCAGUUGCUGAGGGUGAGCUCCAGCUUGUCCUGAAAGACAAUGGCAUUAUAAAAGCUAAUCUAGGUUGGGACAUAUUGAAAUGCCAUAAAUUGCUACGUCCUGAUGGACACCAUGAUGGAAUAGGUAGAUUUAUCUACAUUCCGAUGUCAUUGAGACUGAUUGUACGUUACAACGUGGAGUACAUGGAAUUUUGUGUAUUAAAAAGGAAAAAUGGUAUGGUGUAA